CAGAGCGGUGUUAAGUAGACAGAGAGAGAGAGGUAGACAGAAAGUAGGAGAGCGAGUGAGUCAGUGCAGAUUGUGCUUACAAAGCAGACGGGAUUAACAGCUGAAACAAACUGGACCUGUUUUUCUCUCUUUAGCUAAAGGUGGAGACUCAGCAGUAACGUGGAUAGCUGCUUAUGCAGAUCUUCAUGCUGCUUAGGCACAAGGACGAAAAGCUAUGGGACUCGUACCCAGACCGUCUCGCUCUUCCCAGCAUUUAGCAUGGUUAAGACGUCCUAUUUGUGCUUAGUUUGGUCAAGUUUACUUUGGACUUACUGCUGUCGGAGGCUCGCUUGCAGUGACAUUGACCCAUAACCCCUCAACUCUGCUUUGCAGGUCCUGUCUCCUCUGGAGUUGGACUCUAAUUUUGGCUUUUGACCCCUGGAACAGGAAAGGGUUUUUCGAUUUGGCAGGGGACGAGACCUGCUGAGAACCAGUCUGGACCGACCCACCAGCAUUUAUUCAUAAUCAGUGGACAGCAGGAACAUUUCUUCUACCAGCAUUUCUUCUACUACACCAGAUCAGAGACUGAGCGCACUGGAGGCGUGUAUUUAAAAGGAUCUCGCUGGCAUCUAUUGCCCCGGGACCAUGGGCUCUCUUUGGGGCAGCAUUAUGCUGCUGUGUGGGGCGGUUCUGCUCAGGACGGAGGACGGCAGAGCCCAGCAGACCAAGAACAACGUUCCCCGGCUAAAACUCUCCUAUAAAGACAUGUUGGAGUCCAACAACCUUGUGACGUUUGAAGGUCUGGCCAACAGCUCGGCUUACCACACCUUCCUGUUGGACGAGGAGAAGGGGAGACUCGUGGUGGGAGCCAAGGACCACAUCUUCUCUUUUAACCUCCUCAACGUCAGCAGAGACUACGCACAGAUCCCUUGGCCAGCUUCUCCCACCAGAAGAGAUGAAUGCAAGUGGGCAGGAAAAGAUCUCUCGAGGGAGUGCUCAAAUUUCAUCAAGGUGCUGCAGCCGUUCAACCAGACCCAUCUCUAUGUGUGUGGGACAGGAGCCUUCCACCCUGUGUGCUCCUACCUGGAGGUUGGCAAGAAACCAGAGGACAGCCUGUUCAGACUCGAGCCUCACGUAGAAAAUGGCCGAGGGAAGAGUCCCUAUGAUCCCAAGUUGCUCACCGCCUCCAUGCUAAUUGAUGGUGAACUGUAUGCCGGGACAUCAGCCGACUUCAUGGGGCGGGACUUUGCCAUCUUUCGCACACUUGGGAAGCAUCACCCAAUCAGAACGGAGCAACAUGACUCCCGGUGGCUAAAUGAUCCCAGGUUUGUGGGCGUUCAUCUGAUUCCGGAGAGCGACAACCCAGAAGAUGACAAAAUCUAUCUGUUCUUCAAAGAGAACGCCAUGGAUGGAGAGCAUGCUGGGAAGGCCACACACGCUCGCAUCGGACAGCUCUGCAAAAAUGACCUGGGAGGUCACAGGAGUCUGGUAAAUAAGUGGACCACCUUCUUGAAGGCUCGACUUGUUUGCUCAGUGCCUGGCAGCAAUGGAAUAGACACACACUUUGAUGAACUGCAGGAUGUCUUUCUCAUGAGCACAAAGGAUCCUAAGAGCCCAAUCAUCUAUGCCGUAUUUACAACUUCCAGCAACAUCUUCAAAGGUUCGGCUGUGUGUAUGUACAGCAUGACAGACAUCAGGAGAGUGUUCCUGGGUCCCUACGCUCAUAGAGAUGGACCCAACUACCAGUGGGUGCCCUUCCAGGGACGUGUGCCCUACCCACGUCCUGGCACAUGCCCUAGCAAGACAUUCGGGGGAUUUGACACAACAAAGGACCUCCCUGAUGAAGUGGUAACCUUUGCCAGAAGCCACCCAGCCAUGUUCAACCCCGUCUACCCCAUUAACAAUCGACCAAUCAUCGUCAAAACAGAUGUGGACUACCAGUUCACGCAGAUAGUGGUGGAUAAAGUAGAAGCAGAAGAUGGCCAGUAUGACGUCAUGUUCAUUGGCACAGACAUGGGGACGAUACUGAAAGUGGUGUCCAUCCCCAGAGGCUCCUGGCAUGACCUGGAAGAAGUCCUGCUGGAAGAAAUGACUGUCUUCAGAGAGCCAACAGCCAUAACAGCAAUGGAGCUUUCAACUAAACAGCAACAACUGUACCUGGGCUCUGACAUUGGUGUGUCCCAGAUGCCUUUGCAUCGGUGCGAGGUUUACGGGAAGGCCUGUGCUGAAUGCUGCCUCGCAAGGGAUCCUUACUGUGCAUGGGAUGGCACAGAGUGCUCCAGAUACUUUCCAAUGGCUAAGAGGAGAACAAGGAGACAAGAUAUCAGGAAUGGAGACCCACUCACACAAUGCUCAGAUCUGCAACACCAUGAUGAACUAAGUGGGCAGACGACUCUCCUGGAUAAAACUGUGUACGGUGUGGAAAACAGCAGCACUUUUCUUGAGUGCAGUCCCAAGUCCCAGAGAGCCAUGACAUAUUGGCAGUAUCAGCACUCUACUGAUGACCGCAAACAAGAGAUCAAAUCAGAAGAGCGUUUCAUCCGCACAGACCAGGGCCUCCUGAUUCGCACGCUUAACAAGAAGGAUUCUGGGAUCUAUCUGUGCCAGGCGGUGGAGCACGGCUUCAUGCAGACGCUUCUGAAGGUGACCUUGGAGGUCAUUGACACGGAGCGCCUAGAGGACCUCCUACAUCGCAAUGAAGAGGCCACAGCCAGCGCCCCUGCCCAGGACCGUUCCUCACCUCAAGAAACUCCCAAUCAAAAGCUGUGGUACAGAGACUUCCUGUCUUUGGUCAAUCACCCGACCCUGAACAGUGUGGACGAGUUCUGUGAGCAGGUUUGGAAAAGGGAGAGGAAGCACAGGAGGCAGAAAGCUCACCUGGUGCAGCAAGUACAAAUGCACCAACAGCAGCAGCAGCAGCAGCAGAAGGCUGUGGUGAACCCUCACACCCACAUGCAUGUUCAAGGGCUGGCAGCCAAGUGGAAACACCUGCAAGAGAGGCAGAAGGGACGCAACCGCAGGACCCAUGAACUGGAGAGGGCCCCCCGCAGUGUCUGACCUAUAAACCGUGACUUUUAACACCCGAACCUGAAACCACACCCAGAUCGCAUUAUGUAACCCUGAUUAACUUACCCACUUUUCUCUGUCAUACUGAGAUACAGACUUCUUCCAUAAAGACUGGAUAGAAAAGUUAAACUGGAAAAAAGGUGAUGCUACCCUGAUCGGCCAGCUGGCGCAUUCUGUGCGUGGGCAGCCAUGUUUACAAUACGCGAGUACAGAGGACUGCAGGAACCAGGAUGUUGUGUCACGCCAGACCAUUGGAGCAUAUUAUCUCAGCUGGCCUCUGUGGCCUGGACACUGCAGAGGGACGGUGUCAACCAGCACAGGAACUGGAUACAUAUACCCACCCUAUAGACAUGACUGCCUCCAUGUUGAGAUGGCUGCAUCAAAGGCAUUGUCUCAUGGCAUGCUAGUUAGGUGUCUUUAUCAGUAUGAGACUAAAGUAGAUACCUAAAAAUACCUGAUAAUUUCUUUUCUACUUCACAAAUAUGAAAGAAGAGGAGGUGGGUGUGUAAAUGGACUUGCAGUGGAAUUACAAGCACAAAAUAAUUGAAGCUCAUGGAAAGCACAGGAUGGGAUAUUUGGUCAUUUUUGGUAUUAUAGAUGGUUAAAUCAGUCAACACGAGGAAGAAACACGCCCGAGCACUGCAAGAAACGGGGAGCAACAGUCACCAUUUGUCAACAAAUAUAAUUAUGUAGCUAAGAUGUGUAAAUACUGUAUUCUGUUACAUCUCCUCGUACUAAAGGGAAUGGCUUGCAGUUGUCUUGUUGCUUUAUGUUGUUUCCCCAGAUAGAAAUUUAUUUAAGAAAAAGUCUUUCAAAAGCAGUUGUAAACAGGGAGAUUGUGUGUCUGUGUGUCUACGCCCUACAUAAGCUUCCCAAACAAAAGUCAGGUUUUAUUAUUCUAUUUUGUUUAUCUUUUUUUUUGAAUCAUCAGAUUCCUUCCAGUGUAAACUGUCACUUUAUAGGGAUGUCUGCCAACUGCAUCAUCUCAGUGCACGAAAAUGCCACGCCGAGUUCUUCCAUGUUCAUUUCAUCUGUAUAUGCUUUGUUUCCGUUACAUGUGUAUUUAUUGCCAUACAGUUAUGUACAUUGUGAAGCUUUUUUUCGAUGUGCAGCCUUUUUUUUCUUGCUUUUCUUUUUUAUCAUUUGGUUUAACUAAUUUGAUCACUGAUCUCUUAAAAAUGACUGUAUUAUCACAAAUACUGUAGUAAGACUGGAAGUUACCUAAUAAUAUUUGUCAAUAUGACAUGAACCACAUAUCAAAUGCACUGAGCAAUGACCUGGUAUACAUACUGUACAUUUGUUCCACAUUUAUUGCCUCAUAUCCAUAUUCUCCACAGGCAGCGCAGUGUAAAAACAUUUCAAUGCAUGUAACAUAAAAAACUUUCUGAUUUCUGAUUAUAACAAUCCUUUAUUAUACAAUGCACACACACAAACACAAACCUGGAAUGUAGCUGUGAACAUUAUGUAAAUAUAAAUGCUAUGGUCUAUGUUUGACAGAUAUGACACUGUGUACUAGUGCAUGUGAAUACUAUUGUAGUGUUCCUGUUUUGCUAUAGCAAUGAUAUACUGGUGUUGUCACCGUUAUUCUGUUGUUUGCUUAUACAGUACACAAUAUUAACUAUUUCAAAGAUGUAUAUACUAUUUCUUUAGGACUUUAAACUGUAUAAUUGAUAAUUCCGGAAGUAGGUAUUAAUAAAAAAAAGAUAAACAAGAUCUAAACAGGAUCUCACUGCGGAUUUGAACGUCCACAGACCAGUUAAUAACAAUGAACAACAACACUGAACAGUGUCAGUUGAGCAUUGCAACACAUCAGUAUGUCACAUAACCUUGUCGAGUGAGUGUUUGCAAACCUCAUCUGCUUUUGGAAGCCACAAUGGAGGAAGAUGAGAAACAGCUGGAGCCGGCCAGCUAGAGAAAGCCAUUUCUUAGGCAAGAUGAUUUGAACAGCGGAGUUGUGGAACUUUCAGUAGAGUUGGGGCACGAGAUAAGAUCAUCACUAUAAAGAGAACGGGGCGCCUCACUGCAGCGGUCUUGGACAUUCAGUGAAAGUGAGGAAAUGAAGUGCUGCUGCUGCUGCUGCUUUUUUGGCAUGAUGAUGAUGAUGGUGAUGGUGGUGAUGUAUUCUACUGAUCUAAUAAAUG